AGCAACCAUGGCCAUACACAAAUCUCUCCCCUUUGCUUUUCUACUCAUUUUGUUAGCCUUUCUUUCUUUCCAAGCAAUAUCAUUUGCAACAGCAGCACCAUCAUCCACACUCUCAGAGGUAGAGGCUCUCAUGAAAUGGAAAGCCAGCCUCUCAGCAUCACAGGCUCUCCAUUCAUGGUCUCUUCCUUCUGCUAAUUCUACCACCAACAUAAUCUCUCCAUGCAACUGGACUGGGAUCUCAUGCAACAUCCUUGGAAGUGUAACAAGGAUAAGCCUACCGAGUGUAGGUUUGCAAGGUAAGCUCGAUAACUUGAGUUUCCCAUCAUUUCCAAACCUCCUUCAUCUUGAUCUCAGCGACAACACACUCAUCGGAACCAUUCCAGCCCAUCUUGAACCUCUUUACAAACUCACGUCCCUGAAUCUGUCUGCAAAUGAAAUAAUUGGAUCAAUGCCUCUGGAAAUAGGGAAUCUUGUGAAUUUGAAUGAGCUUGACUUAUCUAUUAACCAUUUAAAUGGUUCCAUCCCUUCCACUUUAGGAAAUCUGACAAAGCUUUCCAUCUUGUACCUGGACCAAAAUCAAAUCUCUGGCUCCAUUCCUCCACAAAUCGGGAAUCUACAAGCUCUGGUUGAGUUGACAUUGUUCCAAAACAAUCUGACUGGUCAGAUCCCUCCUGCUUUAGGUUAUUUGAGCAACCUGACAAAAUUGUAUCUCUACGACAACCAAAUUUCUGGCUCAAUUCCACCUGAAGUAGGGAAUCUGGUUAAUCUCAAAGAGCUUGACAUGUCCCCUAACCUUCUAACAGGUUCUAUCCCUUCCACUUUAGGGAAUCUGUUUAAUCUUGAAAAUCUUGACUUGUCCAUUAACCAUUUAAAUGGUUCCAUCCCUUCCACUUUAGGAAAUCUGACAAAGCUUUCCAUCUUGUACCUGGACCAAAAUCAAAUCUCUGGCUCCAUUCCUCCACAAAUCGGGAAUCUACAAGCUCUGGUUGAGUUGACAUUGUUCCAAAACAAUCUGACUGGUCAGAUCCCUCCUGCUUUAGGUUAUUUGAGCAACCUUACAAAAUUGUAUCUCCACGACAACCAAAUUUCUGGCUCAAUUCCACCUGAAGUAGGGAAUCUGGUUAAUCUCAAAGAGCUUGACAUGUCCCCUAACCUUCUAACAGGUUCUAUCCCUUCCACUUUAGGGAAUCUGUUUAAUCUUGAAAAUCUUGACUUGUCCAUUAACCAUUUAAAUGGUUCCAUCCCUUCCACUUUAGGAAAUCUGACAAAGCUUUCCAUCUUGUACCUGGACCAAAAUCAAAUCUCUGGCUCCAUUCCUCCACAAAUCGGGAAUCUACAAGCUCUGGUUGAGUUGACAUUGUUCCAAAACAAUCUGACUGGUCAGAUCCCUCCUGCUUUAGGUUAUUUGAGCAACCUUACAAAAUUGUAUCUCUACGACAACCAAAUUUCUGGCUCAAUUCCACCUGAAGUAGGGAAUCUGGUUAAUCUCAAAGAGCUUGACAUGUCCCCUAACCUUCUAACAGGUUCUAUCCCUUCCACUUUAGGGAAUCUGUUUAAUCUUGAAAAUCUUGACUUGUCCAUUAACCAUUUAAAUGGUUCCAUCCCUUCCACUUUAGGAAAUCUGACAAAGCUUUCCAUCUUGUACCUGGACCAAAAUCAAAUCUCUGGCUCCAUUCCUUCACAAAUCGGGAAUCUACAAGCUCUGGUUGAGUUGACAUUGUUCCAAAACAAUCUGACUGGUCUGAUCCCUCCUGCUUUAGGUUAUUUGAGCAACCUUACAAUUUUGUUUCUGUAUGACAACCAAAUUUCUGGUUCAAUUCCACUAGAAAUAGGGAAUCUGUUUAGUCUCAAAAAGCUUGACUUGUCCACUAACCUUCUAAUAGGUUCUAUCCCUUCCACUUUAGGAAACUUGUCCAUGCUCACUGUUCUUCAGCUGUUCGAAAAUCAAUUCUCUGGUUUAAUUCCUACAGAAUUAGGGAAUCUAAGGAAUCUUGCUGAGCUAGCUUUGUACAGUAACCUUCUAACAGGUUCUAUCCCUUCCACUUUAGGAAACUUGACCAAGCUUACCUGGUUGGGCCUUUAUGACUGUCAAUUAUCUGGUUCAUUGCCUCAAGAAAUGACAAACAUGACAAAUCUUUUUCAACUCCUCUUGGAUGGCAACAACUUCUCUGGCUAUUUACCUCAGUUAUGCCACGGUGGAUCUCUUAAAGCCUUCAUUGCUUUCAACAACCAUUUCACUGGUGAGAUCCCAAGAACCUUCAGAAACUGCACUAGCUUAAGGAGAGUGCGACUCAAUGGAAACCGACUUGCUGCAAAUGUAUCGGAAGCCUUUGGUGUAUACCCUCACCUCAUAUUCAUGGAUGUCAGUGACAACAUGUUGUUUGGUGAACUCUCACCACAUUGGGGAGAAUGCCAAAACUUAACAAAGCUACAACUCUCCGGGAACAAUAUCACUGGUAGAAUUCCUCCUGAGAUUGGACAGUUGGGGCAGCUAAGAGUGCUUGAUCUUUCUUCAAACCAUUUAGUAGGAGAGAUUCCAAAGGAGUUUGGGAGGCUGGCUUCUUUGUUCAACUUGACUUUAAAUGAUAACCAGCUUUCUGGUCAGUUACCACAAGAGAUUGGAAACCUAUCCAAUUUGGAGAUUCUGGACCUGUCAAUGAAUCACCUAAGUGGUCCAAUACCACCUCAAUUAGGGGAUUGCUCCAAACUCCAUUUUCUGAAAUUGAGUGAAAAUGUUUUGAACAGAAGCAUUCCUUUUCAGAUUGGUAACCUAGUAUACCUACAAGGCUUACUAGAUCUAAGUCAUAACUCCCUCAAUGGAAAAAUACCUCCACAACUCGCGAAAUUGGCUAGUCUGGAAAUUUUAAACCUCUCUCACAACAUGUUGUCAGGUUCCAUUCCACCUUCUUUUGAUGGGAUGGUCAGCUUACAAUCCAUUGAUUUUUCAUACAAUGUUUUGGAAGGUCCUCUUCCCAGCAACAAAGCCUUUCAGAAGGCUCCGACAGAUGCAUUCAUAAAAAACAAAGGCUUAUGUGGUGAAGUCCAAGGUUUGCAACCUUGCAAUGCCUCUUCAAUAAGUUAUGGUAAUGCAAGGAAACGCCACAAAGUUGUGAUCCUCAUUAUUCUUCUCUUCUCAGUAAUGUUUCUUUUAUUUGCAAUCGUCGGCAUAAUUUCUUUCAUUUAUUAUCAAAGAAGAAGAAGAAUGGAAAAAGGGGUUCUUGAAAGGAGCAGAGGAAAUACAUUUUCAACAUGGAAUUAUGAUGGGAUUUCCACAUUUGAAGACAUUGUGGAGGCGACGGAGGGUUUUGAUGACAAAUACUGCAUUGGAACUGGAGGGUAUGGGAAAGUUUACAAAGCAAAUCUACCAACAGGCCAAUUAGUAGCUGUGAAGAAACUUCACCCACUCGAAGGUGGGCAUCAAUCUGAUCAAAGAAGCUUUAGGAAUGAGAUAAAAGCAUUAACGGAAAUCCGCCAUCGCAACAUUGUGAAACUUUAUGGCUUUUGUUCCCAUGCUCGAUUCUCAUUUCUAAUCUAUGAGUACAUGGAAAAGGGAAGCUUGGCAAGCAUCCUAAGCAAUGAUGAAGGAGCUGCACAGUUGGACUGGACUCUGAGGGUGAAGGUUAUCAAAUGUGUGGCCCAUGCUUUAUCUUACAUGCACCAUGAUUGUACCUUGCCGAUUGUCCAUCGAGACCUAUCAAGCAACAAUGUUUUGUUGAAUUCAAAACUUGAGGCUAGUGUGUCUGACUUUGGAACUGCACGAUUGCUGAUAACCGAUUCCUCAAAUUGGACUACACUCGCAGGCACUUGCGGAUACAUCGCUCCAGAGCUUGCAUAUACAAUGAGGGUGACUGAAAAAUGCGAUGUAUAUAGCUUUGGUGUUGUGGCACUUGAAGUGAUGAUGGGAAGUCAUCCUGGGGAGCUCAUCUCCUCUUUGUCAUCAUCAAGUAGACAAGAUACACUGCUAAAAGAUAUGCUGGACCAACGUCUCUCAGAUCCCAUGGCUGAUGUUGCACAGGAAGUCUUAUUUGUGAUAUCCAUGGCUCUUGCAUGCAUUCGGCCAGAUCCAGACACUCGGCCAACCAUGCGACAUGUGGCUCAGGAGCUUUCUAUUAGAGGGCCUUCUUUCUCUCUACAGCCAUUCCAUGCAGUUACAUUACGUCAACUGAUGGAUCUGAAGGUAUAGUUGGGUGGAUGAAAAUCACCAAGUUUGUGGACAUGUGGUGGCUUAUUACUGCGUUUGUUGUAUGAAAAUCAUCGAGCAUGGAGAAGGUGUUUUUCUUGCUAUGAUAUGUACAUAAGUCAGUGUGUAGAAUCGAUGUUUACAGAAAUGUAGUAUUUUAGUGUUGGUGAUCGAAAUCUCUUUGUAAUAAAGUAUUUGAAAGAAUAAAGAUG